AUGUAUCCACGAUCCCGAUAUAUCGACGACUGUUCCGCUUGCGGGCUCGUACGUGAGUUCGUUUUCAGGAGGGAACCGGUGAAGGAGUUGGUAGACUUUGCUACUUGGGCCGUUCAGGACUUUGCUCGCAUCGUAUGCUUUGCGCACAAUGCAAAAGGUUUUGACGCACAAUUCAUACUGCGGCAUAUGGUUGAGCGGGUUGGAAACCCGCCGCAGGUCAUCCUAAGCGGCAGUAAGAUCAUUAUGCUCGAAACGGGUCACACCCGAUUUCUGGAUUCCUUAGCAUAUAUGCCUAUGGCAUUAUCGGUGCUACCGAAGGCUUUUGGACUACCGACUACUUCCGUGAAAGGUGUAUUCCCCCACCUUUUCAAUACCCCUGAAAACGUGGGUUACGUGGGACCGCUCACCGCAGCGAAGUUUUACUCUCCGGAUACCAUGAGUAGCGAUGCGCGAGCAGAGUUUCACUUAUGGUACGACGAAGCUGUAGCGAACGACCAUCUGUUCGACUUUGACGCGGAAUUGUUGUCGUACUGUCGGUCGGACGUGGACCUGCGACGUGCGUGCGUAGCAUUUAGGGACAUAUUUCUGGAGUGCGGCAGAGUGUGUCCCUUUACCGAGAGCACGACAAUUGCCUCGGCUUGUUUGGUACUGUUCCGUAAAAAUUUUUUACAACCGGAGCGAAUAGGUAUCCUGCCACCGGGCGGCUAUUGUCUUGCCGAUGCCCAGUAUCGUAAGGCUCAGGAGUGGUUGGCCGUGAAAGAGCGCGAGCUGGGUAUUGACAUCAGCCAUGCCGGAAACGGACGUGAGUUUCGGAUUCCAGAGACGGGUCGCAAGGUGGACGGAUACCAUGUCGCGGGCGACGGUACCCGACACGUCUACGGGUUUCACGGUUGUUUCUGGCGCGGCUGUCGAAAAUGUUUACGAAUCAACCGCGAUAGAUGUAGCGUCAACGGCGAGACGUUGGACAGGCGUUACGAGGAAACUCGUGCAAAGAUCAGCCGUAUGCGCGAAUUGGGUUGCCGCGUAACGGAACAGUGGGAAUGCGUGUUUGAUCGGAGCUUGAGGGAGAACGAGGAGAUGAGGGAGUACGUGGCAACACACCCGCUGAUCGCUGGCACUGCCACGAGCGAAGCACUCAAUCCGCGUGAUGCGUUCUACGGUGGUCGAACGGGGAACGCUUCCCGAUACUACGAGGUGAAAACAGAUGCAACGGGCAACGCGUACGAGGAAAUACGAUACGUCGAUGUUUGCUCGUUGUAUCCGUUCAUCUGUAAGAAUGGAAGGUUCCCUGUUGGCCAACCGACGGUCUACGUUGGAGAGGAGUGUAAGCUCUUGACACGGUCAAGUGGUUGCGACAUCACGCGAGUUAAGGGGCUCAUCAAGUGCCGAGUUUUACCGCCUCGCAAUCUUUAUCACCCUGUUUUGCCGGUGCGCAUGCAUCGUAAACUCAUGGUUGCCUCGUGCCGCUCAUGUUGUCAGAGUUUGAACCAGGACGAGUGUAGACAUGAUGACGAGGCUGCGCGAGAAUUCGAGGGCACGUGGGUGUCGAUCGAAUUAAAAAAAGCCGUGGAAAUGGGAUACAAGAUCAGGAGCAUACGCGAGAUCUGGUCGUAUACGGUGACAUCGUUUGACCCGACUACUCGUCAAGGUGGGCAUUUCGCCGGCUAUAUCGACACCUUCCUCAAGAUUAAGCAAGAGGCAAGCGGCUGGCCUGCUGAAUGCGAGGACGAGCCGGCUCGAAUGCGCUACCUUGAUGAGUACGAGCGGGUCGAGGGUAUACAGCUAGAUGGCGACCAUAUUGCUAAGAAUCCCAGCAUGCGAUCAGUUUCCAAAUUAUGCUUAAAUUCGUUUUGGGGCAAGUUCGGGCAACGCGAGAAUCUGGUAAAAACAGAGGUUAUAAAGACGCGUCAGCAGCUGCUCGAGCUUUUGACCAACCCUGAAGUCGAGGUGUCCGGUUUGCUGCCCGUGACCGCCGAAGUGUUGUACGUGCGUUGGUCACACGCGCAACACAGCGUUGAACCGUCAGCGCUGGCAAACGUCGUGAUUGCCUCGUACACCACUGCCCAGGCUCGGCUGAAGCUCUUCUCGUUCCUUGAGAUGCUCGAUCGGCGCGUGCUCUAUUACGACACCGAUUCAGUAAUUUAUACCCGAAACCUCCGCAGGCUAAACGAGUAUGAACCUCCCACAGGCAACUUUCUUGGCGACCUGACGGACGAGUUGGCGUCUUACGGCCGUGGGAGUGUUAUACGCGCUUUCGUCUCGUGA